ACAGCACUCAGCCCACACCCAGCCAACCUUGCCGGCCCUGCUUUACACCCACCUGUUCGCCCCCCAUUCUGCUUCCUCAGGCCUGGCAUGUGUGUCACCUGGCUGGGCACUUGCACCCUUGUGAACUUUGCGUGUCACCCAAACUAUGUGCCAAACCUUCGGUGCCCAGGAGCCAAUGACGAAGAGACCCUCAUUCCUGGAAUUACUCGUUAGGAGGAAGGAUUGCUUCGCUUAGAAAGUGCGGGGACCCGGACUCCAAGUCAGCCUUUGGUUUCUAGCCAGACCCUGGAUUUCCUUGUUCUAGACAAACAAGGAAAGAAAAUAAUCUGUUCUUUUGGGCCCCAGCAAGAACGGAGAUCUGUCCCAAGAGCGGAUCCAGCGAGUCCAGGCCCCCAAACCAAGGCCAAGGGCCUCCUGCCGCCGUCCCGGUGGUCUGGCCAAUGGCCGCUCGGCCCCGCCCCGCCCCGCCCCCGCCCUGCUGGGAAGCAUUCGCGGCAGUGGACUGGUGUGUGUCUGCAGGUUACGGGGUCGCGACUUCUGGAGGCCAUUCACCCUUCACGGGUCAGAGCCUCUGUCACUUCAGAACCUGGACAGCGAUGACGUUUGCUGAGGAAAAGACUUUUGCAUAUAUACGCAGCCAUCACAGCAAUUUUUGCCAUAUUCAUGUGCUGGAGAUUCUGCCUUACCUGUCCUGCCUUACAACAAGUGACCAGGACAGACUGCGGGCUUCCUAUGAGCGCUUUGGGAACCAGGACACCCUCUUGGACCUCUUCAACAGCCUUCGACGGCGCAACAGCUGGGUGGAGUCCUUCAUUAAGGCACUGAGGGCCUGUGAGAUGACUGGUCUCGCUAAUGAAGUGGCCCAGGUCUACCAAAGCAACCUGCCCCGGACCCCGAACCGCCCCCCAGCCCCUCUGGAGCCGCUGUCAGUUCCUGCUCAGGUUCCAGGGCCCUCAACUCCUGCUGUGGUACCCAGCAUCCCCCACAAUGGCUACAGAGAGGUGGAGCCAAGUUUCCCAGUCCCUGUUCAGGACACCCAGCCACCAGAGGCCCUGGGAGAGAGUUCAACAAAAGCCCCACAGAUACCUGGUAGCCCCCUAGAGCCCACCUCUGACAUGGCAGCUGUCAGUCCUCUGACCUCCAGUGGGCAUCAGGAGCAGGACACAGAACUGGGUAAUACCCAGGCGGCAGCUGAACAGAAUUCUGAGAAGGCUCCUGGGGCAGAAGCUCAAAAUGGCAGUGUUCCUCCUGCCUCAUUCUGUGGGCCAGAGCAAGUCAUAAGGUCAGCCCAGAAUGAAGAACAGGGACAGACUCCAUUCCUAGGCAUGGUCUCCAGCCUCCCAUCACCCCGUGGGCCUGUGUCUCCGACUGUCUCCUUCCAGCCCCGGGCCCGUUCCACCCCCAGACCAAGCCGCUUGCCUGGACCCUCAGUGUUAGUUCCAUCCACUGGCAUGUCCUCCUCUUCCACUGGCGUGGUCUUUGCAGGGGGUGCCCAUGAGCAGGGUGAGGCUGCCAUCUGCUCCAGUGGGGCAGGGGCGCCCACUAACUCUAUAACUGCCAGCACGUCACCCUCCAAAGUGGGUAACAGCUUGGUGCCUUCCAAGUUGCCCACAAGCUCAAAGCCUCCUGGUACAAUGCCUGCUAAUGUACCCACCAACCCAAUGCCAUCCAAAUUGCCCAUCAACUCAACACGUGCUGGCACAGCACCACCCAAAGCACCACCUAAAGUGCCUACUGACCACAGGAUGCCUGCAAACAUGGUGCCCAGCCAGGUGCCUGCCAACACAGUGCCCACCAAGAGGAGCACAGACAGACCUGUGAAGGAGACUCCAGCGUCCCCCUCCGGGACCACGGCUGGGGGCGGCCCACAUCCCUGGGGCUCAGAGCCUGAGCUGAGCAAGCCCGGCGUGCUGGCUUCCCACAUGGCCAGCCAGCCAUUCUCGGGCUGCUCCGCGGACCUCGCCAUCAGUCGCGACUCUUUGGGCCCGGGGUCUGACAACGCCCUGGAGGAGAACGAGUACGAGUCGAUGCAUACCUUUAGCAUCCAUGUGGCCGAGAGCCCCAAAGCACAGACCCUGAAGGACAUCCCUGGGCAGCGCGCCGCCGCACAGGCCCCGGCAGCGGAGGAGCAGCUGGGCGUGGGCACUGUCCCCUGGGCACAGUGGCUCGGGGUGGCUGCGGCGGGGGCGCUCCUGGCCACACUCCUGGCCGUGCUGUACCGACGACGCCUGCUCCAGUGAGGCACCCGCGCCGCCCCGCCGCGUCUCCUCCCUCCCCCGAGGCACGCCUGACCCGCAUCGCAGUCUCAGAGCCGGGUUGUCCCUGCGCCUGGGGCUGAUGGGGGCUGGUGAGAGAGGAGGCCACGCUGCCGUGGGACUGAGCAUGGGAGGCAGUAAUUCCAUCCCCGCUCAUGCUCCUGGGCUCCCACACCAGUCUCAGCUGUCUACGCGGACCUCACCCUCUCGCCAGUGGGUGUUGCCCAUGUCCUUUUGAGGUGGCGCCCUGUCCAGGCCCUAUCCCGGUUUGCCCAAGUCCACAGAUCAAGAGGUGCUGCUCGAGAGUGCAGGGGGUGGCAACAUCUUGGUUCAUGGCAGCUGGCAGCAGUUGUGCAUAAUAGGGGAUCCCACAGGACCUCAGUCCAGCCCCUAGAGCCCAGUGGUUGCCCUUGCCCCAGAAGCGUCAGGGUGGCUCCUCUUCAGAGACCUGGUAGCUCUGGCCAGUCCCUCACCCCUGGGGUCCCCCCGCUUUCCUGCCAGGGAAGGAGUGUGAGAUAUCCAGAGGUUCCCCUGGACCCCUGGGAAACCUCAAGUGCCUGGUAGGCCUGAGGACCACCUUAAGAGCUCCUCUCCAGCCUCCUCUCCCUUCCUCCUGGUCUCCAGUCUGCUCACCUCCAGGGGCUGGCAUUGGUUUUGGUGGGGGCACCUGCAGGGGCAGAGCUCAGACCUAGAUUCGGAUUUCAGCUCCACCCCUUCCUGGGCUGUGUAUUCUUGGCAGAUGAUCAGACCUCUGCUCUUGCUUCCCCACAUGGACAGUGAAUGUUCAUGGUUCAUCUUCACUGGGUUCUGAGAACACAAGUGUUUGUCAAGUGCCUGGUCCAGAGCUGGUGGCCACUAAAUGCUGCUCCCACCUCUGCCCUGCCUGGUCUGGUAGAGAUGACGGCACGAGGGCUGAGUGCCCAGUGGGUAAGGGUGUGGGUCUGCAGUGUAGGGCAGCCCAGGCCUACACCCUGCUCUGUUUCUCACAAGCUGUGUGCUUUUGCACAAUUAACCUCUUUGUACUGGUUUUCUUAGCUGUAAAGUGGGGAAGAAUAGUACAGUUUUAAAUCUAUGUCCCCUAGUGUUGUUGUGAGGAUUAAAUGAGUUUAUCUGACUAAAUCUUAGAAUGGUUCUUGGCAUUUCUAAAGGUUGGAUACAUGUUAUUUACUACUCUAAUGUGGAGAGGCUGGAGCACUUGGCUGCCCCUUCAGAGGCACACUCAGACCCUAUGGACUCCUCUCACCCCUUUAGAUUAUCCCUUUAUCUUGUGCAUCAGGGAACUGUUGGGCAGUGGGGAGGGAGGCAUGUCUACUGGGGCAGCUGUGUGAGAUGGGGGCUGGGGGCUGGGGUGCUACCCAGCAGCCAGAUCCAUUGCCUGUAUCCUUGUGGGUUCUUUUCAGUCCGCAUCACUAGACAAGGGGCAGGCACAGGGCCUCAGGGCUCUGCAAGGGAGAGGAACUAGAGCCCUGGGGGGACCACGGAGGGUGGAGAUUGUUCUGCACCUGCUUUGGCUGCCAAAACCUUUCUUUGCACUACCAUGGGGGACUUCUGUGACCUCUACCUUUAAUGACCUUUACAUCUGAACUUCUCUUGAUCCUUCACUUGGGACCCAGCCACCUGCACCCUGAAGUCAGGAGUGGCCCCUACUCAAGCUGUCUGUAUCACUUUCUGUCACCCUUGCUCUUAACCAGUGCUUUGUGCUACCCCCUUCCUCCCAGUCACCCUCGUCAGUGAACAGUUUGUACACAGGUACUAGUUUUAAUGUGUCACCCUACCAGGGUAGCUUUGAAAACAAGUAUGUCAAGAAA